AUGGCAAAUCUAUUCGAAGAAGGGACCCAAUCCCUUCUCCACGCCAGCGAGCAUGUUUCGAGACGCACAGUUGGAUACUUCAAGCGAUUCUUGGAUUGGGCGCUACAAGAUAACGUUCUCGAAGUCGCAGUUGGGCUGAUCAUCGCUGCAGCCUUCACGGCGGUUGUGUCAUCCCUCACUACCGACAUUAUACUUCCUAUUGUGUCACUUCUCCCCUUCUUCAAUCGCAAUCUAGAUGAGAAAUUUGCCAUUCUUCGUGGUGGCCCGCAUAGCGAACAGGGCUACAACACGAUCAAACAAGCCCUCGACGAUGGUGCCGUUGUAUUCGCCUAUGGAUCCUUCCUCGAUAAAGUGGUCCGUUUCAUGGUGCUUGGAUUGACAAUGUAUGUCACCGCUCUUGUAUACGGCUGGAUGAGCAAAGAUAACAUCGUCCGACACUCGGUGCGAUGCAAAUAUUGUCGGAAGAGGAUCAGCGAGAAGGCUACGCGAUGUUUCAACUGCACCAGCUGGCAGGAUGGCAGGGAAGAAAUCAACUAA